AUGUGGACUCAGGUCCAAUAUACAGCCGGUUUGGUAACUGAACUUGAUCUGUUUGAUCCAGGUGUCCCUGGACAGGAACUUGAAACCUUAAAGAACAGCCUCGCUAAGUUAGAGCUUGCCAUGAACUAUGACUUUGUCCGAAGAGUUGGUCAGAAAUACUUUGUGUCCUACAAGAAGAGAGACUCUUUCUCUACGGCCAUCGAGUUCUGCUCCCAACGAGGCUUAGAGCUGGCUUUGCCCCAGAACGAGGAGGAGAACAACAUACUCACUCAAGUGUUUGGGGAUGAUAACAAAACGGCCUGGAUCAACGUCAACACUAACAAAGCUGAGGGGAAUUUUGAGGCCGAUAUGAAAAACCGACCUCUGACCUUUACCAAAUGGGGAGAAGGGCAGCCAGACAAAACCAUCCAGGAUCCAGGCUGCACCAUGCUGUCAGAAAACGCAGUCUGGAGAGUGACACACGAUUGUUCUCUGAAUGCUUACAUCAUUUGUCAGAUGUAGAAAGGUCUUGUGUUCCAGAUUUGGAAGCAUUGCUCUCAGAAAUAUUUUCUUCCAGAUGUUACAGUUACUCAAAACCACUGUCUUAGAUCUUAGUCCUAACUACGGAAACAUUUGCAACAAUUGCAUCAUCAGCAUGGCAUUAAAACUGUUUCACAGACUAUACAUUAUGAAUAUUACAUUAUGAAAAGUUUACAAUUAAAGGAACAAUAUGAUAGAUGUAUAGAAACAACGGUGAACUCUAAAAGCAUACAGUACGUCACAAUAAAGUUUACAGCAGUGAACAUUAUUUACAUUUUGGCUGCCCAGCUAACCUAUCUGUUGAAAAAGUGAAAUAGAAAGCUUACAGGAUUGGUAAAAUGACAACCUGAAUGUUAACUAUGACAAAAGUGGCAGAAAAUAUACAACACUGACAAUAACUGACCUGACAUCUACUGUACUUAAAAAAAGACAGAAAUCUUUCAAAAGAGCCUAAUGUUUUUAUCACAACAUUAGAGAAGCACACUGACAAGGCAGUGAAGAAGACCGCUAGCUAGAAAACAUGUAUGUAAACAUUGCCAAAUUUAAAAUAUUUUAAAAGUCUGCUUUGCAAAUGUUUCAUGAGGAUGGAAAAUGAGCUCUC